CUUGUUUUCUCGGACCGGUUCAAGUCCGGGCCGAUUUUUUGACCCAAAUCCAAAAAACAAAUUCGGUUCGACCGUUAGCCCAGCAUUUAUUUUCCCGCAGCGCAGGAGCACGCAGAAUAAAUCGUAGCCCACAGCACCGGCCGGCCACUAUCAAUGAGCCCAAGCCCACCAUACAGACCGACGAACGAACGAGCUCUCUCGGCGAGGCUGCCAGUUUGCAUCGGCCCACGGCCAUUUCAUUUCCCCCGGCGGGCCGCUCCAACCGUUUCGCAACAUCGCAAUUCGCAACGGCCGGCGUCGACAGAGCGCAGGCAAGGGAGCAUCAUGCUGCCGUCCGCGCCCGCCGUCCGGCGCCUGUGUACGGCGGCCGCGCCGCUCUCAGGCCUCACGGACGCGCUCCUCGCCACCCGCCUCGCCAACCACCUCCUCACCACGCCGCACAUCCCGCCGGCGCUCCUCCCGGCCGCCCCGCUGCCGCUCCCCGUCCGCCUCCACAUCCUCCGCCACCCGGCGCUCCCGCCGACCUCCAAGCUCUCCUUCUUCCUCGCCGCCACGUCGCCCUCCUCCCCGCCGCCGCUCCUCGCUGCCACCUUCCCCGUCCUGCUCCGCGCUCUCGCCAUGCACUCCCCUCCGCUCCUCGACGCGCUCCUCCCCUUCGCGCUGUCCUCCCCGUCCCCAGAUGCUCUCCUGCCCGGCCUGCUCUCCGCACUCCUUUCUACAUCCCGCCUCGACGCCGCGCUUGCGCUCCUCGAAGCCGCCCCUCCUGACCUCCUCCCGCGCCUCGCCGCCGCCGCACUCCCUUCACUCAUCGACUCCCCUGCCCCCCUCUCCGCCGUCCCUGCCAUCCGCAGGCUGCUUCCCAUCGCCUCCCACCCGCCCCACGUCCGAGCUACCAACCGCCUCCUCCUCGCCUUGUCCAAGGAGAACCUCUACGAUGACUUCUGUCAUGUGUUCGAUGAAAUGUCAAGACGGGGCCUUCCUACCAACUUAAGGUUCUACAACAUUUGCAUCCACGCGUUUGGCAAGUGGAGGCGGCUGGAUAAGUCACUGAAGCUUUUCGCAACUAUGAAAGCCGCAACUCCUCCUCUUGUGCCAGAUGUAUGCACAUACAAUUCGGUCAUACGGGUGCUUGUGAUUGGCGGGAGGGUGGCUGAUGCUUUGGUGGUCUUUGACGAAAUGAAGUUGGCUGGGAUCCACCCGGACGUGUUCACUUACCGUGCUGUCGUGGAUGGGUGCUGCAAGAGUUUUAGGAUGGAUGAUGCAUUGCGCAUGUUUCAGGAGAUGCGGGGGAGCAUUGGGUUGAAGGGGGAUGUCGUGGUCUACAAUUCGCUUCUGGAUGGACUCUUCAAAGCAAAGAAGCUUGAUGAGGCAUGCGGUUUUAUCGAGACAAUGGUGGCGGAUGGGAUCCAAUGCUCGGCGAGCACACACAACACCGUGAUCGAUGGUCUGUUCAAGAAUGGGAGGGCGGAAGCAGCAUGCCGGCUGUUCUAUGAGCUAAGGAAGAAAGGCCAGCUGUUGGAUGGGAUCGCAUAUAGUAUUAUGGUAAGGGAGUUCUGCAAGGAAGGGACAGGGGACCAAGUUGAAGAGGCAGUAGGUUUGGUGAAGGAGAUGGAGGAACGGGGCUUUGUUAUUGAUUUAGUCACCAUAACAUCAUUACUUAUAGGUUUCAACAAGAGUAGACGGUGGGAUUUGGAAGAGCACAUAGUGAAGAUCAUAAGAGAUAGCUCUGUGUUGCCAGAUGCCAUUCGAUGGAAGUCAAACAUGAUGGAUGCCUUGAGAGGACCACAUGAUAGAGGGAAAGAUGGAACUUCAAUCUUUCCAUUUGAUGGUGAUAUGAACGAUGUGAUGGGUUUGCUCAAUCCUGUAGUAUGCACUGAUACGAAUGAAGAAACCACACAGAAUGAAACCAAGGAUGAUUGGUCUUUGUCACCACACUUGGAUCAUCUUGCUAAACAUGCAGACCAUUUGAAUAAUUCUGCUAUGUUUACAACGCACAGAGGGCAGAGGGUGCAAGGCAUGGGGGGUAAAACUUUUGAUGCUGACAUGGUUAAUACAUAUAUGUCAAUCUUUUUAGCCAAAGGGAAGUUGAGUGUAGCUUGCAAGUUAUUUGAGAUCUUUACAAAUCUAGGAAGGAAAGGGACAAGUUAUACAUACAAUUCACUGAUGACCUCAUUUGUCAAGAAGGGGUAUCUGAAACAGGUGUGGGCGGUUCUUCAUGAGAGGGGUGGACAGCUCUGCCCCAAUGAUAUAGCGACAUACAAUCUGAUAAUUCAAGGUCUUGGUCAGAUGGGAAAAACAGAGGUUGCUAGCUCAGUCAUGGAUGAAUUAUCAAAGAAAGGUGUUUAUAUGGAUAUUGUCAUGUAUAACACUUUGAUCAAUCAAUUGGGAAAGGUCGGGAAGGUUGAAGAAGCAAACUGUUUGCUUGAGCAGAUUAUCACGAGGGGCAUGAAACCAGAUGUUGUCACUUUUAAUACCUUGAUCAAUAUUAAUGCGAAAGCUGGUAGGUUGAAGGAAGCUGACAAGUAUUUGAGGAGAAUGAUUGCAGAAGGCAUUGCUCCGAACCAUGCCACGGAAACAAUACUGAUUUUUCUUGAUAAGGAGAUUGAAAAGAAAAGACAGCAGCCUAAAUGAAAUACCAAAAAAGCACAAAUGAAGCCGAUGAAGUGGAAUCUUCUAUAUGCCAGGGCACCAUAUUGGCCAAAGGGAACAUUUAUUGUGAUGAACUUUUCCAAUAGGGAUUCUCCAGUGUCAUAGCAUACAUCUAAUAUGAAUCUAAAAUGCCACGGGGAAAGAGUAUGUAAAAGAAUGCACCAGCACAAUGAGCUAUGCAGCCUCCAGAUUCUUUUGCACAAGAAACUGAGAAGGUGACACUCUGAUAACAAAUCAAAGCAUUAGAAAUGGGGAAACCGGUUCCUUCUGUUUACAACUUCUGAUUCCAUCGUUGUUUAUCUAAGUGCACAGAGGUCACUUGAUUGAUUUUGGUGGCCUCAAAUUACUUGGGUGUGUUCUUCCUAUGCUGCAAAGAGGAAGUUUAGUGGUCAGCUGGUGUUAAGGAUUACACUUGCAGUCGUUAAGGAAUUUCUGUUCUGAACUCAGAACUUUGCCUUCAGCACUCAGAGUUCUGCCUUUGAGCAGUUUGCUACUCGGUAUAUUCUCUGGACCCUGAAGUUCCAAAAGAGACCUGACACUGUUAACCUUUGAGGUAUUUGACUCCUCUGGGGUUUCCUUCUCUAGAUCAUUUUCAGUCAAGGAUUAGUGGUAUAACCUCUAGGCGCAUUUUUUUGCAUGAGGGAAGUAUGGAGAAUUGGAGGCCUUCAUAUGCAUGGACAUUAGCUCUGGACCAGCAAGCUAAUGGAAGUCCCGAAGAGUGCUAAACUGUGCUUCUUUAUAUGACUUCUGAUUAACAACUAUAAUAAGCAAUUUUUAUACAAUAGCAGUAUAGCAUCAGUAUCUAAUCUUAAUUAUGCAUGCCCGUGGCCCCUCCCCCCUUCCCCCAGUUUCGAUCUGUACACAUAUAUUUAAUUGAUAUUUAAAUAUCCCCUUUUAAAUCGUUAGGUGGUUACAUGUUGUUUAACUUCAAACCUUGGUCGGAUGACAUAAAUUUUAUGGGUGACCAACAUCGGUUGUAACCUCUGAUUAGCAUGUUGCCCAUGUGGUCAUGCGUUAGAAUAAGUGAUCAAGUAUGUCGUUUUCACUUAUCUCUAUCAUGUAGUUCUCUUACAUAUUUUGCUAACCAUGGUGUUGCUAUAGUUUGGACGGGUUUGGAUCUAGGAGUCCUUGAUAUGUUAAAGACAAGUUUUGAGGAGUUUGAGUCUUUUUGUUUGUAAAAGUUGAAACUUGUCAUUCUAUCUUCUUGUUGAUCCAUGUUAUUCUGGAGUACAAACACUUCCAUUGUCAGCCAAGGUCAGAGUUUUGCUUACCAUUGACUUCACUUACUCAUCUGUUUUAUUUCUAAAGCAUUUUUUUUGCUCGGCUUUUGUGAAAGAAAACUAAUCAUCUCUCUGCUACGGAGAAGCCAAAGUGCGAUACAGAUUCGGCUCUAUUUGUGACCAAUGCUGUCACGAGCAUUUGCAGACCUCUCAGUAUACUCCCAUAUGACUUGAUGUAGGAGAUCUUCUUUUCAGUUUUGCCAUGCCAGCUACGAAAAUUGUUCUUCUACUUUUAGUAGUUGAUGUGCCCUUUGCUCUUAUCCCUUCAUCUUAGUUUUGUUUCAGGUUGGUUUAGGGACAGAGGAUCAUGCUGACGUGCCUUAAACAGGGCUUUGCACUAAGGAGUACUUUCAGCUGAACUUGUUCAUCUAAUUUAAAUAUUUUGCUCUUCUUUUUGUUAAAAGAACUCCUGUUCAGUCCUCCAAUUGUAACUACACUAGGUCGCUAGGAUGAUCGUUUAUAUUUUUUUUAACUAUUUUUUUCUGUAGGAUUUAGUACAAUCAGUCAUCACCUUGGAUACUGAAGUGAUUUGAGCUGCAUCCUUUUCUUAAAUCUGCUGACAUAAGGGAGUAGGGGAAAUAGCAUAGGCCUAGCAUAAUAGUGCUCUACAUAGUGCAUUUUGAAAAUACAGAGUAUCAAGUCAAUCAACAUGAAUUUGGUACCUCUUCUAUAGCUUCAGUAUGGUGAUGCACAUUAGUGCAAAUCGAUACAUCAGCCUUUUAUCUGUGCAAUUGAUAUCUGACAAGACCUGUUGACUUAUUAAAACUUUCAGUUUACAUGCAGUUGAACUGUUAGGAUGAGCAUUGAGGAAUUGCUCUCAACCAAGCGUAAACAUGUUUCGUGCAUUCUUUUGCAUGCAUAGCUUAAUAUGAAGGUUCAGUUGGAGGAUGUAAUGUACUCGUGUACUUUGUAACUAUUAGCUGUGAACUAAUACAAGUGGAAAAAUGAUC